GAUUGCUUGCUUUCCUUUCGUGUUUGUUUUCCUUUUCCUUUUCUUUUUCUUCUUUUUUCGGAAACUAGCAGAUUCGGACAAUCCCGUCGGGCGCGCAUCACAGUUUCGAGAUGGCUCACCAGGAGCGACGAUGUCGUCGCACGGAAGCGUCGAGUUUCUUCGGACAAUCGGGCAUCUCGAACCUCAGCGAUCGAAUUGUGGCACCGCCCCGUCCGCUGCCUUUAGUCACCUUCCCCAGCGCGUCGGAUCGUGACUCGGACCGAGUCAAGCGGCAGUUUGGAGCCGACUUUGAGCAGAAGGCGUGGGAGUUGAUGUCACAAACUAAGGCGGGGGUCGCUAAGUCGGCUGUCCAGGUGGACCUCGUGGCACGCAUGUUUCGCGACGAUCCGCACGACAUUCAACCAACUGUCCUCAUCAUCGUGGAUGUCGAGUGGACUGCGGAGUUGAGACACAUUUUGGAGCCGGUUGUGGAUAGGCUGAAGCGAUACAUCGAUCAACGUAUCGCGGAUGCGCCUUUAGCAGGCUCUAUAGACGUCUGUGUGGAGAUGGUGUCGAAAGCCUUAGUCUUACCCAAGUACCUCACCGUCAUCCAUCCAAAGGAGCAGGGGUUCCGUCAACUGAUCGAUGCUUGGCCGCGCAUCCAGAACGGGAUCCUUGACAUUCUAGAGAGCUUCGAUUCGACGGCCGGCCACAUGACGGCCAUUUCUCUCUUCAGACUUGGUUUUGACAUUGAGGGCAGCCAGAACCCAAAAACAAUCUACGUCAGUGUCGACUACGACUCACCAGCGUCGAGUUGGGUCCCGGCAUUGGGUACCAUGCAGGAAUACGCAGACACGUUCAAGAUGGACCUCAAGGUUCACAUGGAACAUAACCUGGUGGGGUACUAUACCGACUUUCCUUUGGUGCCAUCGGAACUCACGGCCGGUGAGCUGCUGACUAGAAGGAAUGACUUCAACUAUGAUCUUCUGGGCCUAUACAGCAAGCAAGUCAAGGCCGGGUCCGACAUCAGCGCCGGCUACUACAUCACCCGCAACGACAACAAGCUCAGCAGUCCCAUGAUUGGCACUCUUGGCUGUUGGGUCCAGAUCAAAGUCAAGGGCAAGGGCUGGAAUACAAUGGGCCUCACUUGCUACCACGUCCUCAGGGCCUGCCUUGAGGGCUACACGAUUGGUGUUGCCCGGACACAGAUUCCAGGUCACUCGGAAGAGGUGGACCGCGGAUGCAUGAGCAAGCCCGUCAAGGACUCAAACUGCUGGACGGCGGACAUCAAGGGAUUUAUGCCGAGGGAUAUGCCGACCAUCGAGAUGGUGGAGCAUCCCCCACGCACCAAACACAACAUCAAUAUCACCACCAAGCAAGAGCGUAUCAAAAGACUCAACGAGUCUCAUCUCCCCGCUAAAGUAGCAGAAGCAGAGCUGAAAGAGGUGCUCGACUUCUUUAACAACGACCAUCAGUAUUUCGGCAAGCCGUUCUUCGCUUCGGGCUAUUUGCGGCGUACCAAGACCAAUGGUCGACUGGAUUGGGCCUUAAUCCGGCCAUUUGAUGACAGCCGAGUGGGAGGCAACGGUCUUCCAAGCAUCCAGGAGUGGCGAUCGAAAGGUUACCUAGAGCACCAGAUGCCUCUGAACACGGACGGUUUUGUUCUGGAACCCCAGGGCAUCUCCAUUCAUGAUUGCGUCAAAGACGUUACCGUCGUUCGAGACAAGGUGUCUGGAUACAAGAUGGGAGCGUCUACGAGAUGCACCGCGGGUGAGUUGUCAUCGGUCAAGACGAAUUGCACUAUCGCCGAGGAGAAGUACAUGGUCGGCCGGAGCAAGAAGGAUCACAUGUCCACCGAGUUCGUAUUUGCGCCCACACAGCUAGAUCCCACGAUCAGAUUUAGCAAUCGCGGAGAUUCUGGUGCCGUCGUGUUCGACACGUUCGGAAGGGUCAUGGGGCUGCUUUUUACUGGAGAGCGACCCCACCAAUGUGAGGCCGGAUAUAGCUUGGUGACGCCCAUUGAGGACGUAUUUGCCGACAUCAAGGACUUUAGUCGCGGACAGAUUGAGGAUAUCCGUCUCCUUGGCGGGGAGGGAGAAGAUGCCGCGCUGGCCUCCACUUAGAGUGCCUUUCUCUUUCCUUGGGUGGUGUAAAUACCUAGGUGGUAAUUCUAUUUGUUGGACGGGACAUGUUGUCCGACUGCAACAGCGCUGCAUGGCAUGUGUGUGUACAAGUGUGAAUUAGUGGUGCCCGUAUAUUACAACCAGAGCAACUUCAGGGGGUUGUAAAAGAGGAGAGCCCCUAUCUCGGCCAAAGCUUUCCCUAUUUCGGCGAUUGUCUUCCUAGAAUUUAGUCCAGAUCCCAAGUUGUGCGAGAUGUGCGAGCAUCAACGGAAAGCUGACAGCAUACCACAACACACCACAGCCCCCAGCAAGCCUCUACUUUCCUAACGUCGAGCACCGCCGUUCUCGUCCUCACUUC